CCGCGGGUCAGUGAGGGCGGCCUGGGGUCGGCCGCGGUGGAGGGAGUGGCCAUGCUGAUGGGCUCAGCGGCAGGUUUCCUAGGCGGCAGCACCGGUGGCGCUGGAGAGGAGGACGAGAACACGCCUCCCCCCUCGCUGCGGCGGCGGGCGGGUGCGCUGCGCCCCUCCGCGGUGGCUGCCGCCAUGGGCCCGGGGUGGGUGCGGCGGCUGGGGGAGGUGUGCGGCUGCCUGUCGCGACUGGCGCUGGGGCCGGCGGGGGAGGAGGCGGUGGUGGCGGCGGUGUCGCAGCACGUGGAGCGGCUGCUGAGGAG